AUGGCACCGAAAGAGAAGCUCAGCUCGAAGAAGGACAGAAAGGGGGAUGCGUACUGGUUUGAAGCUGCGCCACUUUACAAGUCAACGGAAAGGGGUAGUAUCAGAAUUGGUCGCGUGUAUGGGAUUGGAUUUGACAAGAGAUCAGCACCAAUCGAGAAGAACGGGAUCAUUAUCAAGAUCCAAAAAGUUUACUCAGCUAUGGAAUUGCCGCCAAAGGCCCAAGAUAUUAGGUCUCAGCUUUCUAUCCCGCUUUCUCAAUCUGAGAAGCUUAGAGGAUGA